AAACAAUAAAUUGAGUGGUCUAUUUUCCCUCACAAAAACUCCUUUCUCUUCACCAUUGCCACAUAGAUGAGUUUGUACUUGGUCUGAACUUACAGCAUUUCGAUGACCAAAUCUGACUCCAUUACUCAAAACUGAAACAACCAAAAUCCCUCUUCUUCAAUGGCCGCCGAUGACAACAACAAGCCGCUGCGUAAAAUAGCCGAAGCAUUUAAAUCUCUCAGCAACUCAAUCAACAAAGAUGAUGAUACUAACAACACUACUUCAGAAACCCUAGAUAGCUGUACCAUGGAGCUUGCGCCGUUCUCAAAUGCGUGUUCUCUCGUGUCUCCCCUCUUUCGGUGUCUCGGUAUCGCCUUUCGCUUCGCCGAGAUGGAUUACGUCGCCAAAGUUGAUGAUCUUGUCGAGGCGUCCAAGUCAAUAUCGACGUUACAAGCAAUGAUGGAUGGAGAUAUCGAGUCUAACUGUGUGAGGAAGGGUGGCAGUCAUACGAGGAAUUUGUUGAGGGUGAAGCGCGGUCUUGAUAUGGUCCGGGUUUUGUUUGAGCAGAUUAUAGCUACCGAUGAGAAUUCCCUGAAGAGUCCAGCUUCAACAGCUUAUGCGCAGGUGUUUGCUCCACACCAUAAUUGGGCUAUCAGGAAAGCUGUCGCUGCAGGCAUGUAUGCUCUUCCCACGAAAGCACAACUUCUAAUGAAGCUCAAUGAAGAUGAGGUUUCGGCGAGGACUCAGAUGCAGAUAUAUAUUGGCGCAUCUGCUGCAGUGAUUCUGUACAUUGAUAAACUCUUCCACUCAAAAGAUCUUGGCAUAGAUUGGUAACUUAUAUACCGGAGGUUCCAGUCUUUUCAUCUGCCUUCUGGAUGCAGUUGUUGUAAUCUAGUUCUCGUUUAAUGUUGCAGAUUUCUGAUGAAAACUGUAUACUUGAAUAAAAUAUACUUUCAUCGGAAAAUGUUGGGCUGAUGUGUA